AUGGCAUCGGCUUCCGUUACCGUUCCGUUACCCGGCUUCACCGAAAUAUACAAGCGAGGCGAGCCUGAAUACAAUGAACACUGCUAUCAAUAUGCCUCAAGCUCCCAUACCCACGGCAUCAUCCAGCCAAAGUAUAUUAUCUAUCCCACGGGCGACGACGAAGUGAUCAAAGCCAUCCAGUACGCAAAGGCGAACAAGCUUGCUGUGGCUGUACGCACGGGGGGUCAUCAAUACAGCGGCGCAUCGUCCACCUAUGGAGAUAACAUCCAGCUUGCCCUAUCCCGAACGUACGACGAGAUUCGAUGGGAAAACACUGAUUGCACCCUGGUGACCGUCGGCGUCAGCUACUCGCUGCGUGUGUUCCAUGACAAGCUCGCGGCCAAAGGCAGGUUCGUGCCACAUGGCCAGUGCAGCCAUGUGCAUCUCGGCGGACAUGUCCAAACCGGCGGAUACGGUCAGCUGGGACGAAGCUUCGGACUUCUUGCUGAUCACGUCCAAAAGAUCCGCAUCAUUACCGCCGAUGGUCAGCCGAAAGAGAUUCGGCGCGCGAUCGAGGAAGACAAGGACCUAUUCUUUGCCGUCUUGGGCGGAAGUCCCGGAAACUUUGGGGUCGUGACCCACGUCACCAUUAAAGUCCAUCGUGAUGAAGACCACCCACACUCGCGCGGUCUAAAGAUCCUUUAUCUCUACAAUCGCGAUCGUCUCAAGCGUCUGUUGGACGUUAUGGUGCGAAUGGCCAACAAAACGUCGUUCCCGGCCGAUUACGACUACUGCUUGACAGUGCUGAGCGCGGACUCUUUGAUCUUCCCUUCGUUCUCGCCGGAUCUUGACGAGACGAUGCGCACGGAACAUCCCGAGAUAUUUGGCCAAGAUGGCCGCUUUGUUUGGCCACCACUGAUUGCCGUUUAUGCGCAAUGGGCCAAUCUCGAAGGGGAAGAUCAACCAUACAACAAGACCUUCUUUGACAAGAUCAAGCGGGCUGGAGGCAAGGUACCUGAGAUUCCUUUCUUAGGCAUCAAAGUCGAUGACGACAGAUACCGGCCGCUCUCCGAGCUGACUGGCCACUGGAUAUUUCAGAAUGUGCGCGAGUUCGAGAAGCCUUAUAUCAAGCGCACAUUCAUGUCCAACUCCCAGAGACUUGUAGAGGAUGGUUGGACGACCUAUAAGCAUGAACACUAUUUCGACAACGCGCACGCCGUCUUUCCGGAAACAAAGUAUGGGCGUCUAUGUGAGAUCAAGAAGAAAGUCGAUCCCGACGGCGUCUUCACUCCAAAUGGAUUCUGCGUCGGAGCGCCGCCGGUUGUAGCGGCCGUUAGCGACGAAGCGGAGGAGCUUAAGAUACAGCUGGACUUAGGACAUAUUGCACGAAGAGCCUUGUCGGCCAUUGGAAGUACUUUCCCUUCAUUCAAGGCUCUGCGUUUGGAGAACGAAUUGAAAGGAGCGGACACAUUGACUGCGGCAGCAGAUUCUCACGUGCAAGGGCAAGCCGAGUUCUUGGCAACAAUGUGCAAUGAUCGCGAGAUGGCGGCCAAGCUACGAAGACGCCGGGCUGAACACGAGAAACAAUUGGAGAAUCAACCUGAGUGCUCUAUGAAAUUGAUCAGAUAA